AUGUCCGCCACCACGGCACAGACGCCCCAGGCGUCGGGCGCCAACAUUGGUGCCGGUCUGCUUGACAAACUGAUCAGCUCGACCGUGCUCCACGAGGCACGGAUUUACCCCGUCACUGUACCAUCGAUUACCGUGUACCGAGGUUCGCCGGACUUUGUCAAUGCCUCCGAAAUGACUUCAGCAACACCCACCGUCCUGACAACCGUCGUCCAGACGGACGAUUUCGUCGUCCUGCCAGGGCCAGAGGAUGUGCUGCUGCUCAACACGACCACUGGACUGUACCAGCAAUCGGUGACGCUAACCGCACGGAUGUAUCCGAUUGAGGCCACGGCGGCAAAGUCGAUCUGGGGCCUACCGACGCUGAUCUGGGGUAUACUGAUCGGAACGGUCGUGAUACUGAUCCUGAUCCUUGCGACACUGUUUUUCUGCUGCUGGUUGCAGCCCCGUACGCGCAAGCUGCUCAACUCGAGCUACUACACAACUAGUGCCAACAACGGCAACGCUUCACAGAGCUCGAUCGUGGCCAAAUCGUGCACCAGCAGCGACUCAAAUCAACUAGUGAUGCCGCUCUCGAUUGGCAUAUGUCCACCACAGUACAGUGCCCCUCCACCACCUGCCGGCAGCACCAGCACCGCCACACCGCAACACACCGCAGCAAGUGGCAGCAACAACUCACUGCAUCAUGCUACCCAUCCGGUUGGUACCUGUGCCCACCAUACCUGUGGCGCAGUUGGCUCCAUCGGGAACCAAUCCUGUGGCGUGGCUCCCGGAGGACAGGAUUAUAGCCAUGUAAAGUAUGGUAGCUCACCGCAGCAGUACGCCGCUCAGCAAUACGCCCAUCACCAUCACCAUACGCAGCAACAACAACCGCAGCAGCAACACCACCAGCACCAGUGCAUACACUAUCAGCAGCAGUAUAAUCAGCAGCUCCAGCUUCAUCAGCAGCAGCAGCAACACGUGCAGCACCACGGUCACCACGUGCAUGGUCAGCAGCAGCAGCAACAACAGCAGUACAGCCCGUACAAUCAGCACCAGUACUAUCAUCAUCCUUCGCAGCAACACCAGCAGCAACAGCAGUACCUGCACUAUCAACAGCAUCAACAGCAGCAUCAUCAACAACAAAGGGAACACCACCAUCAGCACCACCAGCAGCAACAUCAACAUCAUCAACCAUCCUCGGGUCAUCCGUCGCCUUCGGGUCAGCUUGUGCACACGCAGCUACACAAAUCCAUGUGGGCGAUCAAUCCACUGUACGCGUCUAGCGGUGUGAUCAACGACGAUAACGAGGGUGACACGAGUACCACCUACCGGACACGAUCCCUACCAUCGUGGGGCAAGAACAAGCAGCGUCCGCUAUCGAAUGCGGACGAUCUGGAGGAGCUGUACGCGAAGGUGAACUUUAGCAAAAAACGACGCAACCGAAUGCGCAACGAUGAGGCCGCCAUCAUUGCGCUAUGUCGGUCACGAUCACAGAAUUUGGCCGCCCUGCCGCUCACCAACGAUCAGGAUGCGGUGGUAGUGUACGACGAACGAACGGCUCUCUAA